UAAAUAGUAAAUAAUAAAAAACGACAACUGAGUAAUCAGUUUAGUAAUAUCGAAUACGGAUUACAUUUAAUAAUCUUAAUUACAAUCAUACUUGUUUAUUUUUACAUAUAUAAAAUGACUGACCCUUUCAACUCGAACGCACCAGAACCAAGAAAAAUAGGUGUUUGGACCGAAGGGCCGCCUGUUGAGGCCCGUGAUUAUGUUAUGCCUAAGAAAUCUUCUGAAUCAAUCGAUGACAUCCCAACUAUACCGGAUUUGGAUGAUCUGCAAGAUAUACUAGAGAAAGAAAUAUCUAAGCCGCCUGUACCUGAUCAUCAAGAUACUGAAACAGUCAACACACUAGCUGAAGUUGGUGUCAGUGGUUCUGUAGAGGGAAUCGAUGCAGCGUUAGAUGUGCUUAAAUCUUUCAUUCCCGCGGCAGAGACGGAUACAGCUGACACAGUCUGGACUAUAGAUUCGUUAUUAACUGAACUCGCUGAAGAAGAGAAAAGUACUGUCUCCUAAAUUUAUAAUAUACUUCUAAUAAAGUUGGGUUGCAA